GUCGCAUUCCGCAGCAUCAGAAUGGCUAAGAUGGAAUCCGAUCAGCUGAACCAGCUGAGGGACAUCUUCGCCCGCUUCGACAUGGACCACGACGGUAGCCUCACGCAGCUCGAGCUGGCCGCCCACCUUUGCUCGCUCGGCCUCAAGCCCUCCGGCGACCAGAUCCACUCCCUCCUCGCCAACAUGGAUGCCAACGGCAACGGCUCCAUCGAAUUCGACGAUCUCGUUGACGCCAUCCUCCCCGACAUCAACGAUGAGGUGCUCCUCAACCAAGACCAGCUCAUGGAGGUCUUCCGCUCCUUCGAUCGCGACGGAAACGACUACAUCACCGCCGCCGAGCUCGCCGGACAGAUGGAGAAGAUGGGGCACCCCCUCACCUACCGCGAGCUCAGCGAUAUGAUGCAAGAGGCCGACUCUAACGGCGACGGUGUCAUCAGCUUGAAUGAAUUCGCCACAAUUUUGGGGUAA